CUAGCGCAUGCCCCUUCGGAGGCGGUGACGUCGCCGAAGCCCCGCCCCCGGUUUGGGCGGGAGGGCCGAGAAGGGGGCGGUGGCCGGCAGUGGAGCCUGAGGAGGAGAAAGAGACAGACAGACAGAGAGCCAGCCUCGCGCCGGAGACCGGAAGCUCCUCUCAAAGAGACACUCAGGUACUCGGUCGGCGAACGGACUCCCUCCGGCAUGGCUCCCGCUUCUCCCCCGCCGCCGCCCGUCUUCCGGAACCCUUUCCUCCGACCCCGCUGCUUGGCCGCCGCCGCCCCAGCCGGGAAAGCCACCCUCACGCACCCGGGCAAAGCUAUCCUGGCAGGUGGCAUUGCUGGUGGUAUUGAGAUCUGCAUUACAUUCCCCACAGAGUAUGUGAAAACCCAGCUCCAGUUGGAUGAGAAAGCAAACCCACCGCGCUAUAAAGGCAUUGCGGACUGUGUGAAGGUGACGGUCCGAGACCAUGGCAUCAAAGGCCUGUAUCGAGGUCUCAGUUCGUUGGUAUAUGGCUCCAUACCGAAGGCUGCUGUUAGGUUUGGCAUGUUUGAAUUCCUCAGCAACCACAUGAGGGAUGCAGAAGGGAAGCUGGAUAGCACACGUGGUCUUCUUGCUGGCUUGGGAGCUGGUGUGGCUGAAGCUGUGGUUGUUGUGUGCCCUAUGGAAACAGUAAAGGUGAAAUUUAUCCAUGAUCAGUGUUCUCCAAAGCCAAAGUAUCGAGGUUUUUUCCAUGGCGUGCGAGAGAUUGUUCGGGAACAAGGCUUCAGGGGAACUUACCAGGGCUUAACAGCAACUGUCCUAAAACAGGGAUCGAACCAGGCCAUUCGCUUUUUCGUCAUGACAGCUCUCAGGAACUGGUACAAAGGGGAUAAUCCAAACAAAGCCAUAAACCCCCUCGUGACUGGCGUAUUUGGGGCUAUUGCUGGAGCAGCCAGUGUUUUUGGAAACACCCCUCUGGACGUUGUGAAGACCAGAAUGCAGGGUCUUGAGUCACACAAGUACAAGAGCACCUGGGACUGUGCCUAUAAGAUCAUGAAACACGAAGGACCUCUUGCGUUCUACAAGGGUACCAUCCCUCGUCUGGGCCGGGUCUGCUUAGACGUGGCCAUUGUGUUUAUCAUCUACGACGAAGUGGUCAAGGUCCUCAACAAGGUGUGGAAAACUGACUGAACGCCUGUGGCAAGGAGCAACAGCAGCAGUAGCACCAUCUUCCCACCUGCCAGGCAACAGCUGGGAAAAGGGCAUCAUGACCAACCACAGAAAGCAUUCUAGGAGGGUUGUAUUAUUUUUUUUUACUUUGAGGGGGACCCUGCAGUCAGGUCCCUUUUGUGAGUUCAAACCAGACACUCAGUCCCUGAGCUGCUGUUUCUGUACCAAGCUUCGUGAUACAUAUUUAACACAAUUAACUGUAGAGAUUUUUUUAAAUUAUUGAUUGUACAAUAACAUGAGCUGGGGUAGUUGGGCAGGAAAGGAGUUGUAAAGGCAGGGGUGGGGCUCUGUUCAUGUGCCAUCUACAGCUAGGGCAUUUUCUGCCAGCUUGGGAGAAUGAAGGUUAAGUGGAGCAGGACUGCUCACCUGGUGCCUAUAAGAAAGGAAGAAAAGGUGCCCCCCACCACACUGUGUUCUAGAAUACACAUUCAAAUCCACUUCUUACCUUUUAGGAAACAAAUGAAUUUAGGAUAGUGAUGGCGGGGUUUGCUUUUAGCUUGUGCUCUUUUUUAAAAUGUUCCUCCCACCCAAAGAAGGACCAGAGUUAGAACGUUCGCUGAGGUAAUUCCUUGAAAAGAGACUUUUAACUAUUCCACCACUCAAUGAAUCCAUUGAAAUCAUUGACUUAGAAGAACUCAAGAAUCAGAUUGGGGAGGGGGGGUUAGGUUUACAACUUUGCCUUCAAGUCUACUUGAGUGCAUGCAUGCAUGCGCACACACUCACUCCUCAACAUGCUUUCAUGGAAACACUGAUAUUAGCACACUUCACAAACAGUUGCUGCAGGCAGAAAAAGUACAUGGAGAUGGUGUCAAUAAGAAAAACGGAACACAUUCCAUAAGUCAUCCUCCAACAGCUUUCUCUCAGCAAGUUGUAGCUCUUUGUGGCUUUUCUGAGCAAGGUGUUCUAGGCUUCUGGCCCAGAUAGGGAUUGCACCACUGCAUUUGGGUGGCUUUCCCCCCCCCCUUUUAUUUUUGAUGGCUUAUGAACAGAUGAAGGCCUCUCCAUCUGUAGAAGCCUCUGUCCUCAGCAGAAGAGCUAGGGCAGCUGCUUCCUGGAGUUGGAGACCUCUCCAGAUUUGCAAGGCCUCUGCUCACUGAGUCCCACUGCAAGUGGCAGUGGUUUCUGGAUGCAACAUGGAAAGUUACCAGUCAAAGGUGAGCCUUGUGAGGGAGCACCUAUUACAUCAAGGAGUCAUGCUUCUUGUAGUUUUUUCCUCCUUCUGGUAGACCUGUGUACCUUCCCUUACAGCUGAUGGCAUUCAUUUUAUAAGCAAGCAGACAGUUAUCACAGGGGGCCUGAAAAAGUCUUUGUCUUUCUUCCUUUAGCACUCUAGCUUUCCAUUCUUAGCCAUUGCAGGACAACUCUCAGAACUGUUGACUCUUAGCCAUGCUAUUUUUGCAUUUGAGGUUCAACAAAUAUCUGGGGAGGGGGAGAAAUUGCCAGUUUUGCUAGUGCCAUAGGGCACAAUGGUAAGCAGGGGGUGGGGGGGGUUUGCUCCUGGAGAGCCUUGCCUGUGGAGCUGGUAGCAGUGGUUGGCAGUGGAUCCCGGGAUCUUCACAGCUGCAGACAGUGCCAGCCAAAGUUGCCACUCCCAGUUCUUCUACCCCAGAGAUAAGAAACCUGUGGUCCUCUAGGUGGUGCUGGAUUGCUACUCCCCACAGCCCUAGCCAGCAGUGCCAAGGCGGUGGGAUGGUGGGAGUUGCAUUCCAGCACUAUAUAGAGGGCUAGACAUUCCCAAUUCUUACUCUACAUUUUUUCAUAGGCCCCUGACCCAAAGAGGAGUCAUUUUUGUUGUUGGCAUUAUUUUUUUUCCCCUUUUAAAUGGGGCAUGUUUUCCCCAUCCCUCGUGAAAAAUGACUUUCUGUGCUUGUUUAACUUUUCCAGUUGAGUUGGGAGGGGAAAGCCCUCCUUGCUCACACAAUGUACUCAUUCCAUAAAAAUCACUUGUUUACAUUGUAGGAUUGGAAGAAUGGAUGCUUAGACCUUAAGGCUAGCAAAGGGCAAAAUGAGCUCCCCUUCAGUGUACCAAGAAUAUGCCUCCCCCCCCCAGUUAUUUUUAUUUUCAUUUGGUUUGAGGGCCAUAGCAAGUCCCUAAGUAAAACACCAAGACUUGAUAAACACCACACUGAAUUUAGUAAUGUGUGUACUGUAUUGGGAGGGGAGUGUAUAACCGUGUCUUUUGUUGUUCUGGUGCCAAGAGAACUUGUGAUGAUUCCAUUACAUGUUUGUGCCAAAUUUUGUAUAUGUUUGUCUCUUUCAGUACAUAUGGCGAUCUCCCCCUCCACCACAGUUUGUUAGCUAUCUACUGUUGGGUUAGUUAAAUGCAGCCUGUUGUUGAUGGAGGGUUAAGCUGCAUCUGCUCCCCUGCCACCACGUUUUAAAGUAUCGUAGGGUUGCCAGUUGAAUAAAAUGAUAUGAUUGAUUUUAAAAAGUGUUGGACUGGGGCUAGGCUGUGUGAAGCAUUUUGAACUGGACUGAAGCUUUGCAUAACCAACCAAACAUACAAGCACAUUGGCUGCAAGUGGUAGACUUUUGUUGAUUGUGUUGAUUUCACAAAAAUGGAGCUAUAUGCCUUUGCAACAUUCCCUCCCCCAACAUUUGUGGCUUUGAAUGUAGAUUGACUGUUGUAGGGAGUUCCACCUUCUGUGGGCUUUGAAAGCAGGUGACUGAAGGAUGCCGGGGCGGCUGCUGCUUUGCGCUGACUCUGGCAAGCUGAGGCAGACAGGCGCCUUGUUGGAGGGGAAAGGUUGCUUCUGUUCUGCAAACCAAGGUUUUCUUACCUGGACUUGCGCUGAAUGUUUCUAAUUUUCUCACUGUGUGCCGGCAGCCCGACACUAGAAUGAUUCUGGAAUGUCUGCGCUCUCCAGCAGGGAUGCCAACAAUAAAACCAAAGUUGCCUGUUUAAUAAA